AUGGUGGGGAAAGGAGAGAGUGGCCGGGAAAGAAGGAGAAAAGGCGGAGGAGGGGACCGCAGGGGAGCGGGGACCCUCUUCCCGCUUUGCUGGCGGUCACCGGGGCGAGUACCGCCGGCGGCGGGUCGCGGUGAGCACGCAGCCUGUGUACCCGACCACUCACUCUGCGAAACGCCUUUCACCAGGAUGACCAGGCGACUCGACAGUUCAUUACCGGUAGUUUCCAGAAUGCUUGCCUCGGGGGUACCGGUAGCAGCUACCGCAACCACUGAGAUGACGGCACCACCUAGAAUCCUAGAGCGGACCGGAAGUGAGCGCAGCUCGCGGGGCCCGGCCGGAGCGUGCCGACCCCGAGGCGGGAGUGAGCGUGGAGCCGCUGGCGUCCUCGGAGCGCGGCCCGGGGUCUGGGGUCUGAGGACCUGGGAGGCGGAAGCUGCGGCUGGGAGACGUGUGGGCGCGCGGCGACCAUCGGGCCUGCUUUUCGGGCAGCUCGUGGGGCCGGAGGGGUCCUGCUCCCUCUCGGUCCGGGCCCAGGCUGCUGCGCGCUCCUGUUUUGGGGCGACUCUCUCGGUUUUCCUUCCCUGGCGUCUGCGGGAUGGAGGCAGCCUCUGGGCCCCCCCAGCCUUGGCUGGCCAAGACUCAGCGGGUCUAGGGGGGAUUAUCAAAGUGCAGGUUAAAGAAGAAGACCCUGUUUGGGAUAAGGAGUCUUGCCUGCGGAGGAAUAUAUCUCAUACUAGGGAACUCUCUCGUCAGCGCUUCAGGCAGCUCUGCUACCAGGAGACCCCUGGUCCCAGGGAGGCACUGAGUCACUUAUUGGAACUUUGUGGGCAGUGGCUGAACCCCGCGAUGAACACUAAGGAACAGAUCCUGGAAUUGUUGGUGCUGGAGCAGUUCCUCACCAUCCUGCCCGAGGAGCUCCAAGCAUGGGUGCGGGAGCAUCACCCUGAGAGUGGAGAGGAGGUGGUGACUGUGCUGGAAAAUCUGGAGAGGGAGCUUGAUGAACCCAGACAGCAGUUUCCUACAGACAAAAUGACUCCUCUGGAUUCUGCGAAGGAGUCCUUAGGUGCCCAGCUCCAGUCUGUAGACGACAGAAUGGAAUGUGACUCUCCAGAACCACAACCAUUUCAAGAAAAUGGGUCAUUUUUGCGGCUUUCCAUGAUGUCUCAAAGCAUGAGUGUCAAUAACCUCAGUAGCUUAGAUAAUAAGGAAGUAGAAAUUGAACCAGAAAACAUGCGAGAAAAGUUCUUCAGAAGCUUAACAGUGUUGCUGGAAAACAAAAGUAACAAUACUAAGAUAUUUUCUAAAGCAAAGUACUGUCAAUUGAUAAGGGAAGUGAAAGAAGCUAAAGCUAAGGCAAAAAAGGAAUCAGUUGACUACCGCUUGGCAAGAUUUGAUGUAAUCCUUGUACAAGGAAAUGAGAAGCUGAUUGCUCUAAAUGGGGAAACAGAUAAAAUACAGUAUUAUUUACACAGCGAGGACUUAUUUGAUAUUCUGCAUGAUACACAUCUCAGCAUUGGACAUGGCAGACGAACAUGCAUGGAAAAAGAAUUAUAAACAAAAUAUAAGAACAUCACAAAAGAAGUUAUAGUGUUAUAUCUGACACUUUGUAAACCAUGCCAGCAGAAGAGAGCUCUAACAUCAAAACCAAUUAAGGAAGUUAACUCAAGAAGCCAAGCAGAUCUUAUAGACAUGCAAUCAAAUCCUGAUGGGGAGUAUACAUUUAUUAUGCAUUAUCAAGACCUUCAUACAAAAUUAAGUUUUUUGUGGUCAUUAAAAUCCAAGAGACCUAAAGAAGUUGCAUAUGCUCUUUUGGAUAUUUUCACAAUUAUUGGAGCACCUAGUGUCCUACAAUCUGAUAAUGGGAGAGAAUUUUCAAGCCAAAUUGUCAGUGAACUCAGUAGUAUUUGGCUGGAAUUGAAAAUUGUCCAUAGAAAGCCUCAGACCUGCCAAAGCCAAAGUUUUACAGAACAAGCUAAUGGCAAUAUCCAAAAGCAGAUUUUCUCCUGGAUGCAAACCAACAACUCAUCACACUGGGCUACAUUUUUGUGGUUCAUUCAGAUGACUCUAAAUCAGUCCUAUCACAGAGGCAUGCAACAGAGUCCAAGUAAAGGUACAUUUAGCUCUGAAAUGAAACUGGAUCUGCCUCAUUCUCAGUUAACUGAGGAACUUGUUGCCAGCCUACACACAGAAAAUGAAUUAGAUCAGGCAGGUAAAGAUUUAGAAAAUAAUUUAAGAGCCCGAUAUGAAGAAGCCUUUGAGACUGGGACAGACAGUAGUGGUACUGAAGAAAAUCUUUCUAUUCUAAAAUGGCUGCGAAAAACAUCUGAAAGAAGAUUAAGAUUUUUAUCCUGUGUAGUUUGUGAUAAAGAAUGCUCAGGUGCUAAUAGUUGUGUAUCAUGUCAUAGAUAUAUCCAUGCAAUCUGUGGAGUGCCUUCUCAUCAUGAGACUGAGGGCUAUGCCCAGCAAAUAACGUGCAGUCUUUGCUAUGAGAUGAGUACAAUGAAAAGGAAGCAUGAUGAGAGUCAGAGAAGUUGGCCUGUUCAACCUUCCAAAAUGCUAAAACCAUCAGUGACACCAUUUUCACCAGACAAAGUAGGAGAUUGGAUAAGAAUGGUAAAACAAGCUUCCCUGGAUUUUUUUGUCAAGAAAAGACAUAUCUUUUCUGAAUACAGCAGUAAUAAUAAAAGAAAUGCUGAUAACAGAAGUCAUCCCAAAGAAGUGAAAGCCAAAAGAGUUCAUACUAGCUUCACUUGGAAAUAUGAUCCUUCAUAUAUCAAGUUUGGUUUUGUAGCUGUAAUUGAUGGUGAUGUGCUAAAACCACAGUGUAUUAUUUGUGGAGAUGUACUGGCUAAUGAGGCAAUGAAACCAUCAAAACUUAAGCGGCAUUUACAUUCAAAACAUAAAGAUUUAAGUUCACAACCAAAAGAAUUCUUUGAAAGAAAGAGUAAUGAAUUAAAAAGACAACCAAAGGAAAUAUUCAAUGUUUCUCAUAUAAACAUUAGUGCUUUGCGAGCUUCAUAUAAAGUGGCACUUCCAGUUGCUAAAGCUAAAACGCCAUACACAAUUGCUGAGACAUUAGUAAAAGACUGAAUCAAAGAAGUUUGCUUGGAAAUGCUUGGUGAAUCUGCAGCAAAGAAGGUAGCUCAAGUACCACUUUCCAAUGACACCAUAGCUCGCCGUAUUCAAGAACUGGCUAAUGAUAUGGAAGACCAACUCAUAGAACAAAUAAAGCUAACGAAGUAUUUUUCAUUGCAACUUGAUGAAUGCAGAGAUACUGCUGACAUGAUAAUUCUAGUCUAUGUGAGGUUUGAACACGAUGAUGAUAUAAAGGAAGAAUUCUUUUUCUCCGCCUCUUUGCCUGCAAAUACAACUAGCUCAGAACUGUAUGAAGCGGUGCAGAAUUACGUUGUUAACAAAUGUGGUUUGGAAUUUAAGUUUUGUGUAGGAGUGUGUUCUGAUGGUGCAGCUUUAAUGACAGGAAAACAUUCUGAAGUCGUUACACAGAUUAAGGAACUUGCCCCAGAAUGUAAAACCACACACUGCUUCAUUCAUCGAGAAAACUUUGCUAUGAAACAAAUAUCAGCUGAACCAAAUAGUGUGCUUACUGACAUAGUAAAAAUUGUGAAUUAUGUAAAAUCUGAUGCAUUAAAUUCAAGAUUAUUCUCUUUAUUAUGAGAUAAUAUGGAAUCUGAUCAUAAGCAACUGUUACUGCAUGCUGAUACAUGAUGGGUAUCACAAGGGAAAAUUCUGUCAAGAAUGUUUGAAAUACAAAAUGAACUUUUAGUGUUUCUGCAAGGCAAGAAACCUGUUUGGUCUCAACUUUUUAAAGAUAUGAACUGGACAGCCAGACGUGCUUAUUUGUCUGAUAUCUUCAGUAUUUUUAAUGAUCUUAAUGAUUCCAUGCAAGGGAAGAAUGCAAUGUGCUUUUCAACAGCAUAUAAGAUUGAAGAACAAAAACAGAAGUUAGAAACUUGGAAAAGCAGAGUUUCUACAAAUUGUUAUGACAUGUUUCAUAAUUUAACAACAAUUCUCAAUGAAAUAGGCAAUAAUCUUGAUAUUGCACACCUGCAAAAAGUUAUCAAUGAACACCUUACAAAUUUGUUACAAUGUUUUGAAUUUUAUUUUCCAUCAAAUGACGAUCCACAUAUAGGAAAUUCAUGGAUCCAAAAUCCAUUUCUUUCACCAAAAGAUAAUUUAAGUCUAACUGUAACGCUACAGGAUAAGUUGUUGAAGCUGGCUACUGAUGAAGGAUUGAAAAUAAAUUUUGAAAAUACAGCAUCAUUUGCUUCAUUUUGGAUAAAAGUUAAAAAUGAAUAUUCUGAACUUGCCAAAAUUGCUAUAAAAUCUCUUCUUCUGUUCCCCUCAACAUACCUCUGUGAGACUGGGUUCUCUACUUUAAGUGUUAUUAAAACAAAGCAUAGAAACAGUUUAAAUAUACAUUACCCCUUAAGAGUAGCAUUAUCAUCAAUCCAACCUAGAUUAGACAAAUUAACAAGCAAGAAGCAAGCUCAUUUAUCAUAUUAAAAAUGUUAAAUUAUGAUAUAUAAGGUGCUUGUUCAAAGUAUGUAUACAGGCAUUUAGUGUGAGGAAUUUUCAAUUUCACUUCUGUUUUAAAAGUUACAAUUAUGAAGUAGAAGAAAAAGUUAUGAGUAAACCUGCAGUUUUCUAUUUAACUUGCUUGUACAUACAUUUUCAAUGAGAAUGUGUACAGUUUUUAUAAUUCUUUUAUUUCUCCCUGAUAUAUUUGUUAAAAUAUAAUUUUAAGUCUGUUAACUCAAA